CUGAUCUGCGUCACAAAUCACGCUUGUGAGCAUGCGCAAUCGUGGACGUGGCAGUGACGUUACGCAUACCGGAAGCAGUAAGGAGUGGAAGUGAAACCCCGACCUCCGUUUCAUCGACAAGCCGGGAAUACUGUGGGAAAAAACGACGAAAUGAUACAGUAACCAUGAUGUGCAGAGUCGCUGGAGAACAGUCAACUCUUCCAAGCUUUUAGUAACAUCUGAAGUCUGAAGUGUUUGCUUUGGCCUCAUAAAGGCCCCAGCAGAGAGUUUCACAGCAGCUGGUUCCCCUCCGAUUCACUGUCACAUAAACACAUCCUGAUACUGUUGAGGGAAAGAGGUUCUGCAGCAUUAUCAUGACGUGUCGGGACCGCACAAUUGAGUUCCAGUCGGCUUGUAAAUCACUGCAGGGGAGACAGUUACAGAAUGGGAUUCACAAUAAACCUGCCAUUAAUGCCAUUAAACAGCGCAGUGACUUCACUCUUAUGGCCAAGAGAAUUGGGAAAGACUUGAGCAACACAUUUGCCAAGCUUGAAAAGCUUACAAUUUUGGCCAAAAGGAAGUCUUUGUUUGAUGAUAAAGCAGUGGAGAUUGAGGAGCUAACAUACAUUAUUAAACAGGACAUCAACAGUCUGAAUAAGCAGAUAGCGCAGCUGCAAGACCUCGUUCGAUCCCGCAGUGGGCAAAAUGGCCGUCACAUCCAGACACAUUCCAACACAAUUGUUGUAUCCCUGCAGUCCAAGUUGGCAUCAAUGUCAAACGAUUUCAAGUCAGUCCUGGAAGUGAGAACAGAGAAUCUGAAGCAGCAGCGCAGCAGAAGAGAGCAUUUCUCCCAGGCCCCUGUCUCCGCCUCUCCUCUGCUCACCAAUAACUUCAACAGCUCAGUUCUGAUGCAGGAUGAGUCCAGGAGUCUUGGAGGAGAGGUGGCCAUCGACAUGGACUCUAGAGCAAACCCUCUGCAGCUGCAGCUCAUCGAUGAACAGGACUCGUAUAUACAGAGCCGGGCGGAUACCAUGCAGAACAUUGAGAGCACCAUUGUGGAGUUGGGCUCCAUCUUUCAGCAGUUGGCGCACAUGGUCAAAGAGCAGGAAGAGACGAUUCAGAGGAUCGAUGCCAAUGUGGAGGACACCCAGCUGAAUGUGGAAAUGGCCCAUACCGAGAUCCUGAAGUACUUCCAGUCCGUCUCCUCUAAUCGCUGGCUCAUGAUCAAGAUAUUCCUUGUUCUCAUCAUCUUCUUUAUCAUCUUUGUGGUCUUCCUCGCCUGAGAAGGAUAUACCCGAGCAUAAGGAGGAAUGAAAACGGAGCCAAAGGCUUUGAAGGAGGGUGGAUGGACUUAUGGACUUAAGUCCACAGGCAAUGGACUUAUGGGCGAAUGUGCAAAAUCACAAGUGGACCGGACUCUGGGUUGAGUGGGGUGGGGUGGGGUUCUGAUGCUCAUUAGUGGGUUAGUCAGAGUAUCUUGAGUCAGAUGUUAAUUCUGUCAACUGUCCGACUUCAGCUCUCUUACUCUGGAGGGAGAUGGAGGAGGAUGGUGAUGCCGAUGAAGGUGGAGAUUUACGGUGUAUUUAAAUAGAGAGGAGGGUGUUCUCAUUCACUCUGUUCUCUUUAAGCUUCAUCUGCAUUAACAUUCAGGCCUUCGUUUCUUAUUAAUAAUCGCAUAUUAAAAGAGAAGGCUUUUUCCCAAGUGGUUUGAUUCUCCAAACUGGUUUAGUUUGUUCCUCUCAGACAGUGUUGUCCAUAAUCAGCGAUAACAUUUUUACAGUAAAUUAAAUGAGACCUGAUUCUCCUUAUAAAAUAAACCUGAUAAUAAUACUUCCCCAUUACUCUUUAUUAAUGUGUUUUUAUAUCUAACGCAUGCCAUUUAUGGGUGAAUCUCUAACAAAGAAAUAUCAGAGUCCUAUUUCACCCCAAAGGAUGCAAGGGAAAAGUUAUUUAUAAUUAAUAUAAUUUAUAAUUAUAAAUUAUUUUAUAAUUUAUAAUUGUAUUUUUAUAAUUAUAUUUGUAAGACAAAAAGUGAUGUCUAUUUUAGGACCAUUAUGUCAUUUUUUCAUGAAAACUAAGUUCUUAUAUGUAAUGUGAAAUAAUUGCUGUAUAAUAAUGAUAAUGAAUAUAUCUAGUGUGAUCAUUUUUAUUAUUAGUAACAGUAUAAAUUAAAUUCAUUACAACUAAUGCAAUCGUAUACUCACCAAUGUUCUUAUAAAUGAGUAAAUUUAUAAUUUUAUAAUUUAAUCUGUAAGUUUAUCAACAUUCAUGGGAAAUUUGGAGGAAAUAGUGCUUAGUAUUGAAAUAAUUGAAAAAAUUAUGUAUGUAUAUCUUAAUGGUCCUAAAAAAUACUUAUUUUUUUCCUUUUUGGGUGGUAAAAUAGAAGUCUGACAUUUUCUACCAUUUUCAUGAGAUUCUCUCUUCUAGUAUUGAGGCCUUCUGAUCGCAGGCCCUGUUAAUAUGGGGUCUGUAAUAUUAUAUAUGGUUUAAAAACUUUCAGGUUCCUAUUUUUUAAGUUUGAUUCUGCCAAAUAUACAAGGAGUUAGAAGUUGUUGCCUGGUCUUGUGAUUUUGCUUAGUCCAGGAAUAAACAAGAUGCGAAUGAAGACCAGUGUUUUAUACAGUACUAUAGCAUUAAAAACCAAUCGGUACUUCGAGAAACUGGAUGCGUUUCCUUCGGCCUGAUGAACUAUUGGCCACAUGCACACAGAACUGAAGAUCAGCGAUGCUGUGAAUAAUGAAGCCGGAGAGGGAGCUGGCAGAGAUGAUCUUUUCUUCAUUUAGAAGCUGCAUUUUCAAGGUCAAACUCUAGUUUUGUAAAUCACAGACUUUCUUUCUCCCACACACGCCACAUAAUCUCAAAUCAAACUCAUGAACGAUGUACAGUGUAUUAUUUAAUGAGCACUUUCUACGAAGACUCUUGUUUCCAGGCUUUUUUAGCUGAACGGUCUGCAUCUCUUGUAUAAACUGGACACUGUUGUAAUGUAAGGACAAACAGUACAUAUUAAAACACAUCUGAGAAACGGA